GCUAAGUCAACCACUUUUAUCAGCCUCACAGUGUUCGGGCGGCCGAGGUGUUUGCAAAGCAAGAUGCUCCGCAUGAUCGCUCUCGUUACCCUGCUGGUACACUCAGUGUGCGCUUUUCAAUAUGAGAUGUACAGAAUUCCACUGGAUAAAGAUCUCAUUGAAAUUGAAGAAAGCUCCGGCGAGAUGAUGGCCAAAACGAAUCAAGAGCUUCCUGGUAAGUGUUGGGCAUGUAAGUGGAUUAUGAAAAAGCUGAAGAAACGCAUCUCCGCCGGCGCAACUCAGGAUGACAUUAAAAAGAAGCUAUCAAACGUCUGUGAUGAGAUCGGGUUCCUGAAAUCCAUAUGCAAGGGUUUGGUGAACCAGUAUGUGGGUACUCUGGUUGAAGAACUUUCAACUACAGAUAAUCCAGCCACCAUCUGUAUGAACGUCGGCAUUUGCAAGAAGAGUUUCUAACCUUUAAAUGUACUGUACAAAAACAGCAAUGAUUCAGUAAAUCUGUCUGAAAGUCAUUAUUUUUCCAGUUAUGUUCAGUAAUGUGACGCAGAAAUGACACAUUUUACGUGCCAAGAAAUGCAAAGCGAGUUUAAGGUGUUGCUCAUUGUGGUUUUAUAAACUUCACACAUAGUGUCUAGUGUGAAGACGUGUUGCAUUAUAAUUCACGUUCUUGCAUGUCAUAAACACUUGCCUUUUCUUUUGGCACUGGAAACUUUCUCUGCAGUUAACGGAGA